UGUUAAAUGUAGUGUAAGAAAAAAAUAUAAAAUUUAUCAUCGAAUCAGAGAGUUAUAACAAAUGUACGAACGACUUGCUCUGUUGUGAUUUCCUCCGUGGUCGGCAAGUAUUUAUGUUUUGGGUGUGUUUCAUAGAAAAAUAUAUUUGUUCGGUUCAUUCACUGGCGUUCGUGAACUGUAACAAUGAGGAUCCUCCAGCUCAGAAAAUAGUUUAGCAUUUUGAUCCUGCUUGAUUUAUUGUGGUACGUUCCACAUCCUGCCAUUACCUUUGGUUGGCCGGAUCUGACGACAGCAGUGUAGACGAUAGCCGACCAUGAGCCAUCUCUAUAGCUAUAUCCCUGAUGAAAAGAAAAAAGAAGUCAGAUGGACCUAUCUCCUUAGCAGCUUUAGAUGCCUCUUAAACAGAAACAGAAAUCUGAAAAGUAAACUUCCCCAGGAGAACAUUCACGAUUAUCUGGGUCAGUUCGAAAUAGUGCUUGCAAAUUGCCUAGUAACACCGCCAACCUUAGAAGAAGAAGAAGAAGUCCGAUGGACCAAUCUAACCUUGCAACUUGGAGAACAAAUUAAAUAAUGGAUUUUUUAAAAAGAAAGAAAAAGGUACCGCAAAAUAUUGUAAUUCGGCUAUUAAAUCGUCAGAUUCGUGCAUGUUGGAAACCAGGAACUCAAUUACACACUGCGCGCCAAUUUUAUCAAAACAUUUUCCCUAAUUAUACCGUGAUAAAUGUAGAAAGACCCCCCUGCUUUUUAAGGAAAUUUAGUCCCGAUGGAAAAUGUUUUAUUGCCUUUUCCGCAGACCAAACUUCUUUAGAAGUAUAUUCCUAUCAGGGACCAGCAGCCGCUUGUGAUUUAAUCCGCAGUAUGCAGGAAGAAGAAAAUGAUAUUAUUAAAAAGAAAUUUCAAAUUAAAAAAGACAUAUUUCAAAGAUUUUUUAAAUUAAAAUUUGUGAUAAAUAUAACAAGGAGUGAGCAAUUGAACAGAGAGUGUAGUUUAUUUAGUGAUGAUGGCCGUUAUGUGAUUGUUGGGUCAGCAUCUUUUAUUCCCGAUGAAAUUAGACCUCACUUUUAUGAAAUAUAUACUAAUAAUGAAUCAGUUACACCCAAUAUAAGGUCACUUUUAGAAGACUAUACUCUUCAUUUGGUAGAUUUACAUUUGGGAAAACUCUGUGAUACCAGACAAUUUAAAGUGGACAAAAUAUUCUUAUCUCAUAAUCAAGGUUUAUAUUUGUAUAAAGAUAUACUUGCAGUUUUAUCAGUUCAACAUCAAAUGAUCCAUAUUUACCAAAUUUUGGAUGGCAUGCUGAUUGAUGUCAGAAAAAUUGGUCGAUUUUGUUAUGAAGAUGAUUUGUACCUAUACAGUUUGGUGUACCCGAGUGAACGAGCUUUUAAAGAUAUUUUUAUAAACUCCUUGAAACAUAGACUAUUAACAUUUUUGUAUAAAAGAGCCGAUAAAAUAUCCAAAAGUUCAGCUGAUCCAACAGAAGUGAGGAAAUUUUUUCACUACUUUAACAAUUUCCUUUCUUUGAAGAUGUGGAAAAUGCAGUUGUUGGAUGAAAAUCAUUUGCUCAUAAAAUAUGCUAGUGAGGAAGUGAUUACACUAAAACAAAUUGACCCAAAUAGUGAGCAACAAUUCUUUGUUGUUUAUAAUAUACUGGACAGCAAAAUAAUAGCUGUUUAUGAAAAUAGCUCUAUGGAACUCUUAAAAUUAUAUGAAAAUUUUACUGAUUCAUUUAGAAAUGCUUGUUUAUUUAGUGAGACUCAGUUUACAUGCAACCCCUCCAAUAAUUUGUAUGCAAGGCUGCAUCAUACUAGAUUUAAACAUACCUUAACUAUAGCUAAGUUUGGAGGUAAAGCCGAAGCGGUCAGAAGAAUUUUGGCACAUUUACCUAUAAGUGCACAAUCUUACACAAGUUCUCCAUAUCUAGAUUAUUCCCUGUUUAGCUAUGAUGAUAAAUGGAUAUCUGUCAUGGAAAGGCCCAAGCCAUGUGGAGAACAUCCAAUCAGAUUUAACUCUAGGGAUUCCGGCUACCUUAAAUUUAGACUUUAUGUUGAUACCCAGAGGAAUCCUAUUUCAACAGCUAGGCGACUGGUAGCAUUUACAUUUCAUCCAACUGAUCCUUUUGCUAUAUCAGUUCAACGUACCAAUUCCGAAUAUAUAGUCAAUUUCCACAUUAGAAAUGACAACUGCAAGUCAGAGUACGACUUUGAUGAUAGUAAUGGCAAUGUCAAUUUCAUUUGAUAUAUUUUUGGGUCAAUAGCAAAGACAAUAGCAAUUUGCAGUUGAAACAAAUCCGUGUUGAUAACAUUUAAUUUGGUUUUCUCUCUAUUGUUACUUAUGGGUUUCUCAAAGUGAUGGAUUGUGUGUAAUGAAAUGGUGGAAAGUUAAACCUGAAAAUUGUAUUUCAUAUCUCUUUAGCGCAUCCUUCAAAAGUUGAAUUAUAUUAUUUUGUAACUACAUGUAUAUUAAAACUUUUAUUUGUAAAAUAUGUAGGUACACAAAAAUGCUUACAUUAACUUCAAUAAGUGAAUUAUUUCUGACAUUAAAUUUUUUUUUAAUAGGGUAUUCCUAUUUUUUAGUGGUGAUAAUAAAGUUGCUGGUUAGAAAAAACAACUACAUAUUUAAGUCGAUACAAUUUUUACCUACUUGUUCCAUUUUGAAGCAUUUUAAAAUUCUCACACAUAAGGUGAAUUAGUCGGGCAAAAAUUUAACCCCAUGUUUAUAUCUAAGCAUAUUAAAAAAAGGAAAUAUUUUUCUAAAGCACCUUAAAAUUUUGAAAAAGAUAGAACUUGAUAGAAAUUCUACUUACACAUUGAUACUUAAUACUAUGUUGCCAGGUAAUUGACAAUAUUAUGAUGUAUGUAUGUAGGUGGAAGGAUGGUGUAGAGUGAGAUCGACUCGUUCAAUACCAAUAUUGAGAACUUUUCCAAAUUUGGAUAUGGCUAUAAUAGGCGAUUAUUUCAAAUUUAGAAAUAUCUUGUAAAAUACGGUGGUGAUCUACCGAAAAGCGAGACACCCCUUAUAAGUCAAUCUUGAUAAAAGUUUAUAGUUUGUGAUGGUUUAGUCAUUUUUUGUGAAGAAUUCGAAUUUGUAUUAAAAUAUAAGCCUCAUAUAGUCCAUAAGUAUAGAAGUACACUUAUGUUUAAUUGCUGAGACUGACUGAUACCAUUGUUGCAAGUUUAUAUAA